AUGCUCGACACGAGUGGCAGCCCCGAUGGGUUCGGUGAUUACACGGCACCUUCCAAACGUGGUGUGCUGUUUUUUUCCACCGUGCCGCGAGACAUGCGGCCGCAGGAGGUGGAGCGUCAUUUCGGGCGAUUCGGCACCAUCACACGUCGCAAGUUCACUCCGUUUCCAAGGAAGGAACGCCGACCCAAUGGUCCACUCCUUCCUCUACAGUUCAUGCGCGGGUACAUUGAGUUCUCCAAGGCGGAGGAUGCGGAAUAUGCGGCUGCUGCCAUGAAUGGAACCCCUGUGGACUGCAAGCGGCGGCGUCGCUGCAGUGGACAGCUGUGGACUGUCAAAUAUGAGAAAGGUUUCACAUGGGAUGUGUUGCUGGAGGAACGGGAGGCCGCUGUGCGUUCGAGACGUCAGCGUGAGGUAGAGGCGAGAAGCCAAGAGAGGGAAAUAAAUGAGGCAUUUCGUGCCGCUGUGGCGAAGCGACUCGCAAGUCGAGCAAAAAACAGGAAAGGGGACGGUGCCGCAAAGGUAUCGACUGCAGGUGGUGGCGAAACGCUCGUAAACCGAGAUGAUAACUCGAAAUGUAAGCGGGAGCCGGGCAAUGAUGAUGUUGAUGAGUCGCGGACGAAGCGCAAGAGAUCCCGGGUUGAGGCCACUUCAUCGACCAGUGAUGCCACAAAUGCUUCCAAAGAUUUAAAAAAGAAGAAAGUAAAAAAAAAUUAA